AUGUUGGGUAUUCAAAAGAUCGUCGUGCUUGUAGCGUUGCUACUGGUUGCGCUAUUGCAAGUUCAAGCAUCGGAAGGGAAACUACCAGCAGUGUCCACUAAGGUGUAUUUUGACAUGAAGCAGGGCGACAAGGACUUAGGAAGAAUCGUUAUAGGACUCUAUGGCAAGACGGUACCAAAGACCGCUGAGAAUUUCCGAGCGUUGGCGACUGGUGAAAAAGGAUUCGGUUACAAGGGAUCUAAAUUCCAUCGGGUCAUCAAGAACUUUAUGAUUCAGGGUGGUGACUUUACACGAGGUGACGGAACAGGUGGCAAGUCCAUAUACGGAGAACGUUUCCCAGACGAGAACUUUAAAUUGCGCCACACUGGUCCUGGAGUCCUCUCGAUGGCAAACGCAGGAAAAGAUACCAACGGUUCCCAAUUCUUCAUCACAACCGUGACUACAUCAUGGCUAGAUGGCAAACAUGUAGUGUUUGGACGAGUUCUUGAAGGAAUGGAUAUUGUUAUGGCUAUUGAAAAGACUCCUACACGACCAGGCGACAAGCCCAAGGAAGAUAUAAUCAUAGCCGAUUCUGGUGAACUUCCCGUCACUGAAGAUUUGUAA